GGUUUGUUUUUGAAGGCGGCAGUUAACCGCAAUUCCGUGGAGUUACAGUGCCCACUCAGCUAGUUUUUACCGAGCCACGACAUGCAAUAAGCACCGAAAUGGUAAGUUAAUCGUGAUAUUUUACUGUAGUUGCGCUCGUGGAAUGAAAGAGACAAGAAUUUACACAAACAAAAUGCAUUUGUUUUCCUCGUUUGCUUUAUGCGUUGAUUUUGUUCACUUCUGUACAACAUCUAAUCGCUGGAAGAGUCUUUUGUGUAAACAUUUAUUAAAAAAGUGGAAAAGAAUUAAUAAAUAAAUCAUAUUAAUAUAAACAGAAGGAUGGCAUCACCGCGAAAAAUUGUACGCUAUUCUAUGCAAAGCAAUGAAAAUGAGAAAGGUAAAACCUGCUCCGACGUUUUAGAGGAGCUCAAAAAAACGACGGAAACUCUACAAGAGGAGAAUGCAGUUAUUCGUGAUCAAUUGAAUGCAGUGAUCCAAAUUUUAGCGGAUCAAACUGUUUUAAUAAAGCAGCUGGUAAAGGAGAAGGGGGAAUUGAAGCCCAUUCGGGGACAGUUCCCUAUAAAACGUGAGGAAGAGCUAGUUGAACUGGAAGAAAAAAUAAAAUUAAAUAGGGACAUUUAUAUAACAGCAAUGAAAUCGAUUCUCCAGCCAGCUGGCGUUUUGAGCGGCUUAAACUUUAUUUUGAGUGAGGAAAUUGUUCUAGCCUAUAACGUCGAUGGGGUCCAAGGGAAGAAGGCCCUUAGGACCCACAAAGAAUUUUUUGCAGCUUUGCUAGAAUGUAUUCCGCCUGGCGAUGAGCCCCCCGAAAACACUGUGCGGAAGGCAUUGCAAAGGAUGAAGAAAAGGGUGUUUAAGAAGAAGUGUCUUGCCAAAAACCAGGAGUAGGCUAAGCAUCAUAUAAUUAAAAAUUAUUCGUUAUAAUGA